CUGUUUCAGCACAGCUCAUAUGCGAUCAAUAAGCCUCAUUGAUUUGUGUUUAUUGGGUUAAAUGUUAAAUUGAAACCUGACCUCUGGGACUGUAAUUUGUCAUUUGUUUCAGGGCUCAAGAUAGACACUCGGCGGUGGAAAAAUUACAACAUAAUGGCUCUAUACAUAUGAUUCUGACCAAUGAUGGCAUCAAUGCUUUUAGAGAAUCGCUUUGUACAGAGGCGUAUGCAUUCAUCAGCAGGUUGCAGUAUUCGCGCUGUCCCUUUAAGAAGCCAGUCCAGCUGUCAUUGGAGUGAUUGUCUGAGCUUAAACUCCUCUGGUGGAGGGGCUUAUGCAGCGUCUCUUUAGGAUCCAAUCGGGCAGGUAGCGCUCCUCGCUCCUGCUCCCCCCAGAGUCCCAUCAGGAAUGCCGGCACGGGAGAACUCCUACAGAUGGGACACAUGCUCACUGAAGACUGCAGAAACUUUUAAGGCUGGGAAAUGAGCGAAAUGGCAGAACCAGCAACUAUAACCAGACCCCUGAUAUCUUCCAAGCGACAUAAGAGCAUAAGAAAGAAUUCCAGAAGGAUUUAUUCCCCAUAUCAGGACGAUAAUGGACCAUCUGAUGAUGAGGAUAAGGAUGGAGAAAGAGUGGACAGUAAUGAUCCAGAGGAGUUGUUCCAGAACAUUCAGCUUCAGAAGGAAAUCAUCGCCAACAUCCGAACUAAACCCUGGCCAAUAAGACGCAAGCUAAAAGUGCUCAAGCAAGCCAGAGAGGUUGUUCUGAAAUAUGAGGGCAGACUGACCAGGACCAGAGGUUACCAGGCAGCCGGGGCAGAGUUGCUGAAGAAGAUUUCUAGAGUCUUAUACAACAUUGUUGUCUUGUUCAUUCCCUGGGAGAUGAGGAUUAAAAAGAUUGAAAGUCACUUUGGAUCAGGCGUGGCCUCUUAUUUCAUAUUCCUGCGAUGGCUAUUUGGGAUCAAUAUAGUUCUCACUAUUAUGACUGGAGCCUUUAUCGUUCUGCCUGAGCUCCUGGCCGGUGCUCCGUUCGGUACCACUCGCAGCAAGACCAUCCCCAAGGAGCACCUUUCCUCCGCACAAGACCUGGACACCAUCUGGUCGCUGGGGGGAUAUCUACAAUACUCUGUGCUUUUUUACGGCUACUACAGCAAUGUGCGUAAAAUCGGCAGUGCCGGCUACAGACUACCCUUGGCCUAUUUUCUGGUCGGGAUGGCCGUUUUUGCCUACAGCUUCAUCACUUUGCUUAGAAAAAUGGCUAAAAACUCCCGCAUGAGUUUAGCUGGCGCCUCAGAGGAGAAUUACACCUUCUGCUGGCGUGUCUUCUGUGCGUGGGACUACCUGAUUGGGAACCCAGAGGCGGCCGAGAGUAAAGGGGCAGCCAUAAUCAAUAGCAUCAGAGAGGCCAUUGUAGAAGAGCAAGAAAAGAAGAAAGACACAAGCCUUGCCGUACUGAUCAGUUUGCGGAUUCUGGCAAACAUUCUGGUGCUGCUGUCUCUGACCGGCAGCAUCUACAUCAUCUACUUCGUGGUGGAUCGUUCUCAGAAACUAGAGCAGGAGAAACCAGAGCUAACACUCUGGGAGAAGAACGAGGUGAGUGUGGUUGUGUCCCUCAUCACAAUGAUUGCUCCUUCAGCCUUUGAGUUAGUGGCUCAGCUGGAAAUGUACCACCCCAGAACGAGUCUCCGCUUCCAGCUUGCCAGAGUCUUGGUGUUGUACCUUGGAAACCUCUACAGUUUGAUCAUUGCCCUCCUGGAUAAAGUCAACAGUAUGAGCUCUGCUAUCACUGGGAGUCCAGGAAACCUGUCUGACUCAACAUCAUACCUAGCGACGAUUUCCCAGCCUGCUGAGGACAACCUAUCCACCAUCGUCCCGGAUAUCACAGAGCGGCGUAACAGCACGCUGACCAUGACUCUCCUGGACCUCAACAACAGCAUGACCACCAUCAAGAGCACCGCAUCCUCCGCACAUCCGAUGAGAAUGCAGUCUCUGCUAAACCAGACCGUCCUCUAUGGGUACAACACCAGAUCACAGCAGGACCCCUGCUGGGAAACAUAUGUCGGCCAGGAGAUGUUAAAACUCUCCAUCAUUGAUAUGAUCUUCACAGUAGCAAGUAUCCUGCUCAUUGAUUUCAUCCGUGGACUGGUGGUUCGAUACUUGAGUGACUGCUGCUGUUGGGACUUGGAGAGCAAGUUUCCAGAAUAUGGUGAAUUUAAAAUUGCAGAAAAUGUUCUUCAUCUGAUAUACAACCAAGGAAUGAUAUGGAUGGGAGCAUUCUUUUCACCCUGUCUGCCCGCCUUUAACGUCCUGAAGCUGAUUGGCUUAAUGUACCUGCGGAGCUGGGCUGUGCUGACCUGUAAUGUUCCCCAUCAGCAGGUCUUUAGGGCCUCCAGAUCAAAUAACUUCUAUCUGGCGAUGCUUCUCUUCAUGCUUUUCCUGUGUAUGUUACCGACCAUUUUUGCCAUUGUGAGGUACCGGCCGUCUCAGUACUGUGGACCGUUCAGUGGACAGGAGAAGAUUUAUGACAUCAUCUCCGAAACCAUUGCCAAUGACUUUCCGCUGUGGUUCAGUAAGGUGAUGAGUUACGUCACCAGUCCUGUGGUGGUGCUGCCCGCUCUGCUGCUACUCUUCAUGCUGAUCUACUACCUCCAGUCCAUCGCUAGAUCACUCAAAGUCACCAACAGCCAGCUGAGACUGCAGCUGCAGACCGAGAGGACAGACGACAAGAAGAAAGUAUUUCAGUUAGCUGCAGCAUGUCUGCAGCCACCUGAGGGCAGCGAUAAAAAGCCGGAACAAGAGAGCGACAUUACUAGUAUGGAGUCGUCUGCCCGCUCCGCCUCUCCUCCACGCCGCAACGGUAGCGUCACCAACUUCGAAUCUCCCAUCCGCCAUGGCAACAGCAUCCGGACCAUAACGCAGUCGGCUUCAAGGCCGGACAUCCCUAGAGCCGCCGGAGCGACACGGAGCCCCCCUGUUCCUGUGCGGCAGAAACACAAAGCAGAGCCUGUGGCCAGUAGUGCUUUCAGAAUGUACAGCAGCCCCUCAGUUCCUCAAAGACAAGUACGACGAGUGGAGUACAUACCCGUCAGGCAUUCUGGGUGCUUGGGCAGCACCAGCGGUUCCUCCCGCUCCAAGUCCUACCACAACAUGGCCUACAACCCAUGUGCACGGUAUGCCGAGAACAUCCACUCCGAUCCGCUGUUUCGGAAGACCCUCCGGGCCAUGCGCACCGAGCCCGGCGUAAUCACGGCUCAGAGCUAUGCGGGCCGCCGGGCACAUACGACACGCUACGUCAUCGUCAACGAACACGAAGCUCGCAAGAAGCUCAUGCGCUCAAAUACACGCAUACAGAGACAUUACCGCCUCACGGACGAACCGACGGAGAUCGUAGAGCUUUAUCCACGCAACGUGAAGUGCUACAUUCCUCGUACUCCUCACCGAAGCCACCAGCCACACCUCAGCGAGGAAGAGGAGGAGGAGGAAGAGGAAGAUCCGAAGAGCAGCACAAGGAGGGUGUUGUCCAAACAGUCGAACCGUCCAACAUCACUCUCGGAUAUCCAUCAGACCGCACGAUUCUACAUUGGCGAUACAAUAAACAGUCAGUUGUCUAUGGAGCAGGGUUUAUACGCCGAUGAAGAAGAGGACGAUCAAGAAGACGAUUGGGUGAAUGACCCUCAAACAAACAUCCGAGGCCCAGAGUCGGUUCACAGGUACGGCGAACCAUACGUCAAGCCCAAGACCAAGCAUAAAGUGGAGCCGUCGCUGACAGAGUCGGAUUCUGCAUCGCUGGCGUCCAGUAGUGACCAACAAAACAGCAGCACUGACCAGUACAUCCAAGUCAUUCACAACAAAGAGAAGUACCUGAAGUCCAGCGCCAAGCUGACCAAAAAAAAAUCCAAGAACCGCGUUAAACUCAAUGUGUCUGGUACUAAUGAUCUUGUCUGCUCUAACGUUUAACCUGUUUAGAGCUGAGAUUAUGGCUCUGUUCGAAAACACUGGUAAGAUGUCUACGUAGGAAGCAUUUUAGGUGUACACCAACACCAAGUGUGUUUCAAAAGUUGCAUUAUCCUGCCUUCUAAAAUCUGGAAUGCAUUACACAGCUUUUAAAAUCAGAUUUGAAAACACUAGGCAUCAUACAUGAUCUGAUGACUUUUCGGUUGUUCCUAGUUGAUGCUUGGAGACGUGACAAAUGAAAACAACAGGUGUUCUAAAAUUGGCUAAAAAUAUCAAACACGUUUGAUAUCCUCCAGCUGGAUAGAAUCAGGUGGAGCAUCAUACACUACGCAAUGUUGUGAACUCUGACUGCCCAAAAUCUGCAGAAUGACUCUGAAUCUCAGCAACUAGCAUAAGCUUGUUCAGGGCAAAAAAUCUGGGCAAAACUCCUGUAGUGUAAUCUAGCCUUGAAAUGCUGCCUUCUGGCCAAAUUGUAAUGCAGCUUCAUAUGCAUCCUAUACCAGAAUGCAUAUUCCAAACAACUUGGAUUCUCCCAUAGAUAUGCAUACAUAGAUGUUUUAUUAGUAGCUGAUUCUUUGGGCCACUAUAUGUAAGCCGCCCACCAUAUUGGAAUGGUCAAAGCUGGUCUGUGAACACUUGAGAGCAAGUUGACUGUGCGUCUGCAACCAUUGUUGUACGCGUGUAUGAAUAUCUAUAUCUGCAAUAGACUUCAGCAGAUGAUUUUGCUGAACUAAUACAAUACAAGCAGAUGAAGCCAUUAGCUAACACAGCAUUAAAAACUUACUAUAGUUUAAAAACCUGUAAUAUUGAGUUAAUACGUAUUAAAAACACAAGCCAACACAUUCUCCCUUAUGAAAGUUUAUCCCAUUUCUUCAGGAAUUUUGGCAGUUUUUACAGCCAGAGGCUGCGCAAUGUUGUGGCAUCUUGGAAAAUUCAUUGAUUUUUUUUACUGUAAGUGAUGGCACAGUGACCGUUCCAAGAUGGUGGACACAUUGACGUGUCUGGAGUGAUGAAAUGUGGCAUCAUAUACAUAUCUAUGAGAUCCCCCCCCCCCACUUCUGCUUAAAUAUAACCACUUGAAUAGUGCACAAAUUAGGAUAAUCCAACUCAUUUAGAGCAGAUCAAUUAACUCCCAACUUCAAGGAGAAGCACACUUUUCAAGUUGAUGGCAACUAAAUUGACAUUCUAUUGGUUAUUUUAAGUGGAGGUGAGUUCAUUCUUAGUUAGAAAUUGUUGACGUCGCAAAUGGGGAACUUGAGUAGUCCCACCUCUAACUGUAUCUGAAGUACAGCAUGCAGUAAAUCAAUCCAAGAUGGUGGAUAGAGUUGAGAGAUGUUUAUUAUAAAUAUAGCGCAUUCCAUUAAAUAAUGAAAAAUAUAUUUGUGUAUAGUGUAGCAACAUGCAAAUGACAAACUCUGAGUGCCAGGUGCUAUCUAUGAGGUGUGUUCCAAAUCAGUCAUUUAUGAAUUUCCAUUGUAGUUAGGAUCCCUCCUUAAAAGUCAGCUGCCUAUGUAAGCAGUAGACAGCAUGGCAGCUUACUAGGGUUUGGAACAGAGCCAGUGAUUUGUUGUAAUAUAUAUAUAUAUAUAUAUAUAUAUAUAUAUAUAUAGGUUUAUCAUAUAAAAGUUGCAGUUUUGCCUUGUAAAGCACAAAGAAAUAACUAGUCUAUAUAAGUAUACUUUGCAUGUACCUAGAUUUCCAUUAAAUCUGAUAUUAAAAAAUGAUAAUGUUUGGAUAUUUGUAGAUUGUGCUGUCUGAUUCAAGGCUAAAAAUGUGAAUUCAAGAUUGGGUGUGUACGAAAAUAAAAUAAAAAUUUAAGAGUCAACCAUUGAAAAACCCACAUCAAACACUUUUCCCUCUCAGUGUGUGGGGAUUGAGGUAUUGAUCCAAAUGAUCAUGGGCAACAGGGGAAAAGGUUAUGUAAAAGUUCCCGCUAAGCAUGAUUAACUCAACACUUUGAAUAUCAAUAUUCAGAUUAACAGGUUGAAACAGGUUAAUGACCAGUCCCAAAAUUAUUACAUUUCUGAAUGUGGUAACAAAGCUGCACAAUUAAAAAUGACACUUUUGACAAAAUUA